AUGCGACUGAGAAUAACCGACAGCAACGCCAUCUACAAACAUGAAAAAAGCGAAGGUGUUAACGCUCUAGCGAUCACCCUCGGCGGCAUCGCCGUCCCUUUCGCCCUUGCUGCGGCCCGCGGUGGGGGCGACAGCGGGCGAUGCCGGGCGAUAAGGCGGAGGCGGCGGCAGGUGCGUGGCCGGGGGCGAGCGCGCCUCGCGGGAAAAAAAAGCGUGCUGGCGUGCUGCGCGCCGGGCUGUUAUCGCCAGGGGGCGUGGCCACGCCCUGGGCCCGCGCCGAAACCGCGCCCACUGCGCCGGCAUUUGCCGGGCAGUGACGCACGCUGCGUUGGCCGCUGCGCCGCGCCGCUCGGGGGCUGCCGCGCCUCGCCCCGCUCCGCCACGCUCCGCCCCGCUCCAACGCCGGGAGGGCUGGAAUAUGGAGGCAAAAUUGAUUUGUUGCAGUUCCGAGAGGAAGCGGGAGCGCUGACACAGGGCUCCGUUAGGGGCAGAAGCGUAGGUUGCUGCACACGAGAGAGAAGAGAUUUUGCGAGAGACGUUGUCGUGGCGAAGGAUCCCUCCCGCGCGGCGACGAACCUUGGCCUUGGCGGUGCGGAGCGGCUGGCGUGGCACCGAGUGCUCAGGCGCACCGCCGCCCCCUCCACCGUCCCCCCUCCACCGCUCCGCUGCCCCCACCCGCGCCUCGCCACCGCACCGUGCCGAUCUCUCCCCACCAUCGCUCCUUCUGAACGGCGGUGGCGGCAGCGCGGAAAUCCGCACGCGGAAGCAAUAAACAAGCGACGGCGCUCUGGGAUGCUCUGCUGCUCCACGGCCAAGUUCAGGUCUUUCUGA